UGUAAAUAAAAACAAUGUUACGGUACGACAAUCUGAAGGCUCCUUUUGUUUACUUGGUAAAUUAGUAUAUUGUAAAACUUUUAUUCCGAGAGAUUAUUUUACUUAUCUGUUCAAAGAACUUUGAAGUCUUCAAUAGUUUUGGAAAUCAACAAAGAGUUUUGACUUAGAAAUCAUGAUUUUUGGAGAUUAUAACAGAAAUUAUCCAGAUCCGAAAAAUGUCGUGUAUCCUCAACGUGUUCCGUAUCGAGGACCUAUUCCAGGUGGUCUUUCAGAAGGAAAACUUAUUGAAAUUAGAGGCACUGCUCCAUAUGGAAGUGAUAUAUUUCAGGUAAAUUUGUUGACUGGUCUCGAUGCAUCAUCUGAUCGAGCUCUACACGUCAGUGUACGAUUUCCUCAAAGAAUUGUCGUUAGAAAUUCUAUGGAAAGAGGUGUUUAUGGUUUUGAAGAGAGACAAGGCUUAUUUCCAUUCCAAACGGGCCAAGAAUUUACUAUGAUGAUAUUGGUAGAGCCUACUUCUUACCGUAUUGCUGUUAACGGACAACACUGUUGGGAAUUUGUUCACAGAAUACCAAUCUCGAGAGUGUCUUCUAUUUUCAUAGAUGGUGCAGUUCAUAUUGAAAGAAUUGAAUUUGUCAACAAAAUUAGUCCAUAUCAACCUGGAACAUGCCAACCUCCUGGAUCAAUUUAUCCAUAUGGUGAUCCAACUCGUGGACACCUAAUACCAGGUCUUCCAACAGGAACAUGUGUUCCUCUUCCAGGUCGAGUUCCAGAUCCUUAUAUAUUUCCCAGUCAAACAAUUGGCACAUGUGUCCCACCACCAGAGCGAAACAUUGUAAUAUGUCCCCCAGCACCUGUACAACCCAGCUCAAAUUUGCCACCAGUCUAUAAUCCUAGUAUACCUUAUGCUUACCCUAUUUAUGGUGGCUUGCAGCCUGGAAUGAUGAUUUAUUUAAGUGGAAGACCUUCAGCAAGUGCUAAUAGGUUUACUUUGAACUUCCAAAGUGGAACUUCCCCUUAUCCACCUCCUGACAUAUCUUUUCAUUUUGAUGCAAGGUUUUAUAAUCGCACUGUCGUCAGAAAUUCAAGAACAAAUAAUGUAUAUGCAAAUGAAGAGUUGGCUAUACCUCAUUUCCCAUUUCAACAAGCUGUUAAUUUUGAUAUGAUUAUUCGAGUAGAAAAUGAUAAAUACAUGGUGGCUAUCAAUGGGCAACACUUUGUGGAAUUUCGGCAUCGCUUAUUUCCUUUAUCAAGAUUUGACACGCUGAGUAUAGAAAAUGACGUUAUUAUUUCUUCAAUACGGUUUGGAUAAAUUUUUGAAGAAGAUGGAAAACUGUCCACAAUGCAGAAAGCUUCAGCAUUAGUUGAUGGACUGAAAGUAAUGAAAUCAAAUUGAUGAGCUUACAUAUUCACAAUGAAAACAGUUUCUAAAUGUAUAAAUAAAAUUGUAAUUCAUUUAAAAUAAAUUUUCACAAACAUUUAUAUUUUAACAUGAAAAUUGCUGUCACAUGAAAAAUAUUUAGAAAUUAUUUACUUUUUGCUCUGAUCUUUUUUUUGAUCUGAUUUCAUAUUUAAGUACUUACAGUGCCUUAUAUGUUUUGAUAAGUCUUUGUACUUUUUGUUUCUAAGAACAAUUGCAUUUUUUGAAAUAAAAUAAUUAAAAUUGCCUU